CCGUAGCGCUUGUGGUGGCGUAGUUGUUGCGCCUUGCUCAAUUUGAAAAUAUUUUGUUGACAAAACGCGACGAGGGAAAAUUACCCGCUAAAGUUGCAAUCCGUGCCUUUUCUUAUCGUCAGUGCGAAUUGUUUGCCAUUCAUGAAAAACCAAGAGAUUCGAGAAAUAUGAGUGACACACCUUCGGCACCGAGUCGCUUUGAGAAGUCGCUUGGCUUGCUCACAACCCGAUUUGUAACGCUGCUUCAAGAAGCGAAAGAGGGCAUUCUUGACCUGAAAGUAGCUGCUGACAUUUUGGCAGUGCGGCAGAAGCGUCGUAUCUAUGACAUCACCAAUGUCCUUGAAGGCAUUGGGUUAAUUGAGAAGAAGAGUAAAAACAGUAUACAAUGGAAAGGAGGCGGCCCCAGCGCCAACACUGCAGAGUAUGCAGAAAGUCUGAUAAUCAUCAAGGAAGAAAUGAGGCUUUUGGAGGACUAUGAGAAAAUAAUCGACACCCACCGUCGUUGGAUCCUGCAGAGCAUGAAAAAUGUCACGGAGGAAAAAGCUAAUGUCCCUCUCAGCUAUGUCGCGCCCAUGGACCUAGUUGAAGUCUUCUCCGAGGGCAAUUUGCUUGCAAUUCAUGCUCCUCCUGGUGCCUCCCUAGCGAUGGGCACAAUCUCCGAAAAUAAGUUCAGCUUCAGCAUCAAGUCCACUGGUGGACCAGUUCAGGUUUCUUUUGUCGACCAGCAGAAGUCUGUUGACUAUCACAAUGAGCGCAGCUUGAAGAGGAAAAAGGAGGAGGAGGAGGAUGAGGACAAGGUCAAACCCAAAAGACCAGUUAAAGGUCGCCCUGCCAAGAGAGCCAAGAGUGAAGAUGAGGAAAUUGACAACAUCUUGAACAUGCUGGAGAAGCACGAGUCUGAUCAGGAAAACACGGACCCCCUCAUUUUACAAAAUUUUGAGCAGAUUUACGAAGAUCUGGUGCUCGACUGUGAGAAGUGGCCAGUGCAGAGGCUCAGCCCACCCACCACAGCACAUGACUAUCAUUUCAGUCAUGGAGACAAUGAGAGCAUUUCAGACCUUUAUGAUAUAGAUGCCUAACCAUUACUCAAUCAUUAUGUAAAAUAUUGUAUUUUUACCAAUCACCAUCAUUUUCUUUGCUGGGUCGCAUUGCUGUUUUUGUUGGCAUUAAAGCGCUAUUGCGGUACAAAUCUUACGCUUGGCGGUAGAUGUUUCGCGCCAAAAUUUUGUAACUGCACUAGUUGGAUUGCCCGCACUUAAACAAUAAAAAAACUACUCUGCAACACAA